GAAGCUCCACCCUCCCACAGGAAAAGCUUUACAAGUAGACUUUAAAUAAGUGAAAGGCACCAAUCACUCCUUGAGUCAACAGAAGUAGAGGAGGCCAUUGAGAGGAAAACUCCAGAGCUGCUCUUACAGGACAUAUCGAUCAGAUAUGGGCCAAGCUCUGACGCAGCCAAGUACCGACUGGCAUGUGAAAGAAAAUGGGAGAGAUCACCACACAAGUAAAUUCUCUAGCAAAGAGUUGGUUGUGAGGAGAGGUCAGGCCUUUGUAAUCACCUUCAAUGGAACGGAACACCCGGAGCAAACCUUUACAUUCAUCGCAGAAACAGGUCCAAGACCCUCCAAGCAGGCCAAGACCCAAGCCAUAUUUGGUAUCUCCAGCACAGCAAGCAAGGAGGGCUGGAGCGCAGUUCUUCAGUCCACCAGUUCCCACUCCGUGAGCAUCUCCAUUUCCAGCCCAGCUAAUGCUGUCAUUGGACGUUACAAGCUGAGUGUUCAAAGUACUUCAGCUGGCAGAUCGUCUCCAGUAGUCCUUGGCACUUUUGUUUUGCUCUUCAACCCUUGGUCUUCAGGUGAUGAUGUGUUCAUGCCAAACAAGGCAGAGUGUGAGGAAUAUGUGCUAGAAGAGUUUGGUAUCAUUUUUGCUGGCAACAAUAAUCAUAUCAACAGCUUUGGAUGGAACUUUGGCCAGUUUCAAGCAGAUAUCCUCAGUAUUUGCCUUUCCAUGCUGGAUCGAAGCUUGAACUACCGUAAGGAUCCUGCCACAGAUGUAUCUCGCCGACAUGAUCCCAAAUAUCUGGGCCGUGUUCUUAGUGCAAUGGUCAAUGCCAAUGAUGACCAAGGGGUGGUACAAGGAAACUGGAGUGGAAAUUAUGAUGGUGGGAAAAGUCCAAGCAGCUGGACUGGAAGUGGUGAAAUCCUGCAAAACUGGAAGAAAUCAGGAUUCAGGCCUGUUAGAUAUGGACAGUGUUGGGUUUUUGCAGCAGUAUUAACUACAGUGCUUAGAUGUCUGGGGAUUCCCACUCGUCCAAUUACAAACUUCAGCUCUGCCCACGAUGCAGAUGGAAAUCUGCGUGUGGAUGAGUUUUAUGAUGCUUCUGGAAAUCAUUUGAACGAGGGAGCUGACAGUGUCUGGAAUUUCCAUGUCUGGAAUGAAAGCUGGUUUUCCCGCAGUGACUUGGGCCCUUCAUACAGCGGAUGGCAAAUUCUGGAUGCAACUCCCCAAGAAGAAAGUGGAGGAAUUUAUCAGUGUGGUCCUGCCUCAAGGAAUGCCGUCAAAGAAGGAAACGUAGAUCUGGACUACGACUGUCCAUUUGUAUUUGCAGAAGUGAAUGCAGACUGUAUGUACUGGAAUUAUGAUCCUGCAACUAGAAAGAAAACAUUAUUAUUCAACAAGUCGACAGUAAUCGGCCAACUCAUCAGCACAAAGGCAGUUGGUAGAAAUGAUCGUAUAGAUAUCACCAGUGAUUAUAAAUAUGAAGAAGGCUCUAAAAAAGAAAGAGAUAUUUUUAAAAAAGCCCGCAAGAAGCUGGGACUUGAGGAUAAGUUUGAUCCUACAGCACCAACACCAAAGGAAAUUGAACAAAAGCCUGAUAUCUCAGGAAAGUUUAAGAUGGCUGGUCCUUUAGAAGUUGGCAAAGACCUCAAUUUAAUUCUGGUUCUUGCAAAUUUACAAUCUGAAGUUAAAUCUGUUCAAGUAAAUAUGACUGCUUGGAGCACUGUGUAUACAAGAAGACCAGUCCGUGAGAUCUGGAAGGACUCCCUGUCUGUCUCUCUGUCUCCUGAGGAAGAGAAACAUUUUCCCAUUAAGAUAUCUUAUGCUGAAUAUCAACAGCAGUUAACUACAGAUAACGCAAUUGAGGUAACAGCUGUAUGUCACGUAGAAGGUGGGAUUCAAGUACUGGUGCAAAGACACAUUGCCCUGGACAACCCUGCCAUUGAUAUACAGGUACUCGGCGAGGCAAAAGUGAAUAAAGAAGUGGAAGUGGAAGUGGUAUUUACCAAUCCCAUUGAUAUCGAAGUGAAGGACUGUGUGCUGCAGGUAGAAGGCAGUGACCUGCUGAGAGGAAUCCUUAUGAUAGACGUACCACCAUUGAAAGCUAAAGAGAUAUCCAGUACAAAAUUUAAACUUACCCCUUUUGAGACGGGCUCCAAGCAUCUGCUUGUUAAUUUCUCCUGUGAUAAAUUUGCAGAUAUCAAGGCCUUUAAAACUGUAAAGGUGAUUGACUAACAGGAAGAUACACAAUAAACGAUCUUUGUCCCUACCAAAUACAGGGACAUUGUACAAAAUGGUGUAAGAAAUGUACAAGAAAACUAGGAGAAAAGUAACAGAACAAAGUCCUUGCUUCCUGUGAUACGGGUUUAUCAACUUUAUAUCAUUAAAAUUUUACAUUGUAAUUUUUAAUGAACUGUGGAAUGGUUCACUUACUACUGUGCACAUCCAUGUUAAUUAAACAGAAUAUCUUACCUUCUACUCAGAGACUGUUUGCUUGACUUGUGUCUGCUUUUGUUUGGAAAUCAUUACUUCUGACUGCGGCUGUUUCUACACAAAUAUAAACAUAUUUUUACACAUUCCAAGCCUUAUACUGUGCAAUUGCAAAGUGGUGUUUCCUUUCAUUGCAAUCAUGAUACUAGAAAGUAGCCAGGAUUAAGUGCAUGUUUUACACAAUUUUGGCCAGUCUUUUUAGCAAUAAUGAGUAAGUAUCAUGACAUUUUUCUUUUCUGCCAAAUCACAGUGGCCAAGUGAGGCACAGGAAAAGCAAUUUGGAUGACGUCCAGUACGAGAGCAACUCAGUAAAAAUGUUAGGAUAAUUGCCCAGUUCAACGUACACGAGGUUCUUUUUGCAUGCUGCUGUUUUGUACUCACUGAUACUCUUCGCGAAUCAGAGGGAGAGUAAUCUUAGGUCAAGGGGUAUUUUAACUCUGGAAGAACUAGAAUCUAUCACUAUAGUUUGUGUGUUAGGAAGCCACCUCUAUCAGCAAAUAAUAUAUUAAAUACGGAGUCCAGUAAUGUUGAGAUCAAGUUCAGUAUACCUUAGUUAAACUUUUAAUGGCAGAUAGGUGCAGACCACAGACAUGAAAAAACUGGUGUGAGCAAAGAAUGCAUCCAAAUUUGUUUGACUGUGGUGAGGGCCAAAAAUGGUAGCAAAAAGGCUCGUCUUAAUAAAAGGUGCCUUAGCCUUCCUUUAAAAAUUGCGUAAUUAACUUAACUUAUGAAUUCCACAUCUUGAAUUCCUGUUGCUAAACAGUAUGCGUAACAGUAGAUGUUCUUUCAAUGCAACUCUACCUGGCAGGUGAUUAAACAGUUUGCGGGGAAGCAGAAGCUAAAAGCAAGAUUCCUGGAACAAGUGAGCUAGGUGUAGCCCAUUAAGUGAUUUACUUUAUGGCUGAUAAUUAUGCAACACUAAGUCAAUCUCUGACUGAAAAAUGAACUGUGUAGAUGAAGUGAAUGAGAAGUCACACUACUGCUCUAUUGUACUUUGGACUGCAGAACCUGCCUGGUACCUAUACCUAUACCCUGCAAAAGUACUUGAGGAGGGCACCAGCAGCCAUCUAACUUACCAGUGCCAGAUACAUGACAUUAGUACAUCAUUAUACUGGCUGCAUAACCACAUAGCUACAGGGAAGUUGUACAAAUAGCCCACAGAUUUUCUCCUGAUGUUCCUUAAAACUUGCAGGAACAAAGACCAAAUCAUCACAUAGACCAAAUGAUGGAAGUUCAAGCUCAAGGACAGACUUUGACUCAGAAUUUCAACUUCUUUUUAAAUGAGUGAAAACAACCAGAUUCAGGUGAAGUCAAGCAAAUUGCCCUAGCAGAAAUGACAGAAUUUGGUGAACGUCUAGGGGAAUUAAAGAAAGGCAACACCCUUCCCUUGCAACACUUCACAUGUGCAUAAAGUUAACACAUCUAAUUAAAUGUGUGCCUACUGGGAUACAGACUCGUAGAUAGGAUUCUGCAAUGUUUUUGUGGAACUUAUACUUUCUAGAAAAGACUAGCAACAACAUGAGUUUAAGGUGCAAUAAGGCUAAUCUGAGGUCAUGAUAGCACAAUACACAAACAACAAAUUAUUGAGGAGGCAAGAAAAAUGUGAGUUUAGGUUUACACUGGAAAGUUGGAAAACUGAAGGGCAAUUUCAAGGCCAUGAAACUAUGGAAAAGAAGGAAUAAAAUAUUUGGACCAUUUUGGAUGAUAGGUGGGUGGAACUGAGCUAGGAAAAACACCUGUGACACUAUUAAGUCAUUAGUCACAUAGGAACCAUGACCGCUGCAUUCCAAAGGGAUUACAAAAGUGGCUGCUAAUGCUUUGGUGUGGUGAAGGUGUCGACCGUCAGGUGCUGGUUUAGGAUGUAGGACACUAUGAAAGUUUAGGAUGGCUUGGUGAACACCACAGUGGGUACGUCACAAGAGGUAAAGGAGGUGGAUGCAGCCGAGACAGAAAAAGUGGU